AUGGGCUCGGUCAAUAAGUGGUUUUUCAUCGAGAUCCAGCAGGUCUUUCAGGAGCACAGUGUGGUGGUGUGCAACAGUGUGUGGCAGUGUAUAGCACAGUGUGGUGGUGUGCAACGUGUGCAGCAGUGUAUAGCACAGUGUGGUGGUGUGCAGCAGUGUGUGGCAGUGUAUAGCACAGUGUGGUGUGUGUGGCAGUGUAUAGCACAGUGUGGCGGUGUGCAACAGUGUGUGGCAGUUGUGUGGCAGUGUAUAGCACAGUGUGGCGGUGUGCAACAGUGUGUGGCAGUUUAUAGCACAGUGUGGCGGUGUGCAACAGUGUGUGGCAGUGUAAAGCACCGUGUGGCAGUGUGCAGCAGUGUGUGGCAGUGUAUAGCACAGUGUGGCGGUGUGCAACAGUGUGUGGCGGUGUAUAGCACAGUGUGGCGGUGUAUAGCACAGUGUGGUGGUGUGCAGCCAUGUAUAGCACAGUGUGGCCGUGUGCAACGUGUGUGGCAGUGUAUAGCACAGUGUGGCGGUGUGCAACAGUGUGUGGCAGUUUAUAGCACAGUGUGGCGGUGUGCAACAGUGUGUGGCAGUGUAAAGCACCGUGUGGCAGUGUGCAGCAGUGUGUGGCAGUGUAUAGCACAGUGUGGCGGUGUGCAACAGUGUGUGGCGGUGUAUAGCACAGUGUGGCGGUGUAUAGCACAGUGUGGUGGUGUGCAGCCAUGUAUAGCACAGUGUGGCCGUGUGCAACGGUGUGUGGCAGUGUAUAGCACCGUGUAA